AUGUAUCGCACUUAUCAUAAAUUGUACAUUCGUUUUCGAUGGUGUCGACAAUCAGUUCGUUUAUUACGAAUAUCUAUUCUAUGGCUAAUCUGUACAUUGAUUUGUAUUAUCCUUGCACCUAGUCUAUUUUCGUCGCAAUACAAUCGAAUAUCUAUUAAUGAUAAUGUCCAAUGGGAUGGCAUCAGUGAAAUUCUACAUCUCAAAGAUCAGAUUCUUCGAAAUGAUGCAGAGUUCAGUACGAUCAAAGUUGUGCAGCAUAGGAGUUCUGAGAGCGCAACGACUUCUACCAUUUUGAUUGUUCUAUAUACGACAAUAUUUCGUGAUAAAAAAUUUUGCGCGUUUUCGAUCGACCAAAUCUUUGGCAAAUCUUGUCCGUCAAAAAAUCGUUGCCGGUGGUCAUGUGAUGAUACGAAAUAUCGCGAAGCUGAUGCGUUGAUUUUCCAUGCAUAUGAUAUUCCAUUAUCCCGAACAUCCAUGCCAACUCGUUCGGAAACUAAACCAAAUUCCGUUUGGAUUCUCUGGUCAGACGAACCGCCAACAAUUAUCGAUUAUUCGCGCUUAAAAUCGUAUCAAUUCAAUUGGACAAUUAGCUAUAAAUUAAAUAGUGAAAUAUCCAUUGGUUCAUACGGUUUAUUUACUAAACGAAAUCAACCGCUAUCAGAUCACGAAUAUCAUCGAUGGAUUCAAGAUGGAUAUUCCAGUCGGUCGAAAGGUGCUCUCUGGUUCGUAUCGAACUGCUACGCCAAAAAGCGUCUAGAAUUAUUUUAUCAUCUAAAACAAGUCUCAAACAUCAUCAUCGAAGGCUAUGGUCGAUGUGUUGAUUACUAUCCUUUACAUCUAUGUACUUCAUACACACAAUGUGAAUACAAUUACAUGUCAGACUUCAAAUUUUACUUAAGUUUCGAAUCGAAUACAUGUCGUGACUAUAUCACAGAGAAGUUUUACAAAGCAUUUUAUUAUGGUUUAAUACCGAUUGUUUAUGGACCAGAGAAAACGGAUUAUGCUCGUCUCGCACCAAAGAAUUCUUUUCUUUAUAUCGAUGAUUUCGAUAAGGAUAUGACGAAACUCGCGCAUCAUAUAGAAAGCAUUCAUUCAAAUUUAACUUUAUUUUCCAUGUAUCAUGAAUGGCGAAAACAGUACGAGAUUAUCAUCGAUGGCAAAGCAUUAGAACGUAUACGAAUGUGCGAGUUAUGUCAAAGACUAAGUAAUCUACGGAUAGGUGAUAUGACUUACUAUAGAGAUAUCGAGAAAUUCUAUAAAGAAGGAUGUUGA